AUGCUGAAAAGAUUAUUUCAUUUGAAAUCAUGCAUUCGUUUUCAUCAUUGUACAGCUAUACCGCUUGAUAAUCGUGCGCUAAUUCAAGUUCAUGGUACUGACACAUCGAAAUUUCUCCAAGGAUUGAUUACGAACGAUAUCGAAUUUUUAAAAACGACAAAUGCUAUUUAUAGCAUGUUGCUCAAUGCUCGUGGAAGAAUUUUGUAUGAUAUGAUUAUUUAUAAUCACCAAAUAAACAAGUCAUCGUAUUUAAUUGAAAUAUCUCAAAACGCGAUUGCAGAUUUUCUUCGUCUCUUACGCACAUACAAACUCCGUCGACAGGUUAACAUAGAAGAUGUGACGUCAAAAUAUCGGAUUUGGUCGUUGUUAUAUUUACAAGACGAAGUUGCAUCGACAACCAAUGAUCUUCGUGAAAACUUCAAUUUCAAAACACGGCAAGGUUUAAUCGUUGGCCAAUCCGAUCCGCGACAUGCAAGUCUUGGCAUACGUCUGAUAACCGAGCGUCAAACGCAAAUUACUAAUCUUGUCGAUUCCUGUACUCCAUCAAGUGAUUCCUCCAUUUAUAAACGAUGGUUAUAUCAACACGGAAUAGCCGAAGGAACGGAAGAUAUUCCGCCGGGCGAAUGUAUUCCUCUCGAGUAUAACAUCGUCUUUCUCAACGGUGUUUCGUUCAGCAAAGGAUGUUAUAUAGGGCAAGAGUUAAUUGCACGUACACACCAUACCGGUGUCAUACGUAAGCGUCUAAUGCCAGUUCAAAUAACAAACUAUGAAGAAUUAUCGAAAAGUUCGGAUAACAAAACGAACGACUUGACCAUUGUCAAUGAAGAAACGAAAAGACGUGCUGGAAAAUUACGCUCGUCCAUUGAGCACGAUGGAAUUGCACUGAUACGUUUGAAUGAGUGGAGAAAUUCGUUACGAAUACAAAAUGCUGAUGUGUCGAUCACACCUUCGAUACCUAAUUGGUGGCCACCGCUUGAUGAAGCGACGAAACUGGAAAUGAAGCUGGAACAAUCUAGUUAA